UUGGUCGCCUUGGGCCUCUGAGGCCCAACAGGGGAUGGAAAAAAAAACAUACGAGUAUUAAGUUAGGGCAAGUUUCAGGCGACACAAUCUGCUUCGACACUCCGCAGGACGCGGCCUCCGCUAUCGCCUCAGGUGACAAGCAAGACACUCUUCUUAGGAUCUCGUGAGGUUAUUUGCCUUGAACUUGAAUCAAAUCAUUGUAUAUUGAGGGCCUCUCAAAAUAUUUGGAAUCUCAAGGCCGGCCCUGGGCGGAGGAGGCAACUAAAGAUGGAGGAUGCGGCAAGAAGUUUGUUUAUGGUUGCGAGUUUUCAUGAGUCCCUACACUGUGCUGCAAUUUAUGAAAUCAAAUUUGGUGGUGGAGGUGGAGGAGUAGGGGAAAUUAAAAUUGAUGGUCCUCUGGUGAAAGCGUUUAGUUGCUCUGAAGAGAACCGACUUUCACUGGUUGAUUGUGACAUGGUAGGAUCGAAAAUAUGCUUGGCGGCUUCAUGUACGCUAUCCACAGAGGAUGGGCGCAAAAUAAUCUCGUUCGAUCCCCUCCUUUUCGAUACAGUUACCAAAGAGCUCGAUCAGUUGCCAAAGCCACAAGCAAAAAAACCCUAUCCCAAAGUGAUGGCAGUGGGUGGAAGUUUUUAUGUGCUUUCUACAGAUACCCUAUGUUCUGGCUUCCGCAUAAAAUCUCCGUCAUUUGAACGUUUUGAUCCUAUUCAUCGGAAGUGGGAUUCUAUCGUACCUGAGUACCGUGUGCCGGCGAAGACAAGCAUGGCUGUAGUAGGUUACGCAGUCAUCAAUGACAUUAUUCUCAUUUCAGUUGAAAAUGCAACUAAUUAUGGCAAAACUGAAUUCCAUUGUUACAGAAUCGGGAGUUCAAUGGAGAAGUGGCAGGUCGUUGAAAAGGAAUACAGAGAUGUGAGAUAUUAUGCCUUCAUUGGAAAGUCUGAAUUUGUUGAUGAUUUCGUAUACACUUGGGUGGAGAAUUGUUUAUUGAUUGCAUACCACGUUACAUUUUCCUCUGGAGAUGAUGAUGAUCGUACCAUUAAAUCUCUUGGUGCUCCAGUGAAAAUUGUCGAUACGGACCCUCUUGAUGAUCUGCUGUAUAGGUUAUACACCUCGAGUCUUGUUCAUUUGGGAAACAAAGUAUUUUGUGUGGCGAGGACUGAAAUAAAAAGGGUGCCCCCUAAAGUUCAACAUGUUACCAUCAUGACCUUGAAAGUUUCUGACAGCAUGGAUCCUGUAACGGUGAGUGCAGAAGUGAGUACAGACUUCUACCUCUUGAAUACAGAGGGCCUCGGUCAGGCAGAUGUACAAUCACUUUUUUUGGACUCUCGGUGGAUGCAAUAUGACUCCAAGUCUAAAGUGGCUGAAUCGGUGGACGGUUUCUUGCAGAGGUUGGGCCUCCAAAAAUAUUCAAUUUCAUUCGAAGAUAAGAAAAUUGAUAUGGCCACCCUUAAAAACAUGACUAAUGAGGGUCUCAAGGCUUUAGGAUUACGAAAGAAGCAUAGAAAAAGUGAGGGCAUGAAACUAUGACUCCAAAGAAGAACCUGAUAAAGAUUAAAGAGCUUAUUGUUCCUUCAUGCAUAUCAAUGUCAUCUCGAUUCUUUGGCAUGCACAGAGUAGAAAAGGGUCCAAGAAUGAUGAUACUUUCAGCAUUUAAGUCCGAAGGUUUGACCUUAGGGAGUUGACUAGGUUCCUUUGCUUGCUUGGGUGAAUUUCAAUGUGUAAUAUACGUUUUAUUAUAAAUUAUAAUUAGUAAUAUAAUAGAAACACCCAGGCUAAGAUUAUAUGUUUUAGAACUCAAAAUAUAAUUUAUUUGCCAAAAUGUUCUACUCAUACUACCUUUUAAUGGAUCAUUUGGGGGAUAAUUGCGGUCUGCCUUUCAUGGGAGAAUGAAUGCAUUGGAUUAAAAUAUAUUAGUAGUGAAACACAUGCAGACAUGAUCAUACUUGGUGAAAGAGCCUCUAAAGAAACCGACCAUGGAGCACUGAUAUGGGACGCUGCUUGAUGCCUUGAAGGCCACUUUGUUUUUUCUGCCUGGGACACUAUAUUAUAUUGAGCAGCGUCUCUGAUCUCUCUAUUAACGACAGCCUUCAGAACCAAGUAAACCUUGCUUCUAACAAUUCUUGGGACUCACAUUGGAUGCAAGGGCCUGGGAUGGCUGGCCAUUUAUGCCCAGGUAUCAUUUUUCUUCGAGAAGUGUUUAUAAUAUAUGUGGUAGUAAUUCCCAUAUUUAACCCCAAGAAAAGGAAUUCAUGUGACGACUCCAUCUUUGUUUUUUGUUUUCAAAGUUUUUUUUUUAAUAGAUAUUUAUCAAAACAACAUAGGUCAUCAAAAGAAAAAAAAAUAUGGAUUUUUAUUCAAAGAGUGCUUAACAACGGUACAAAAUUUCAUUGAUAUAAUAAAAAAAUGGAUUUUUAUUCACUUCGUCUAAAAAUUGUUUGUUCAUUGAUUCAUAAUUUGUUGCUCUGGAAUUGAAGAAGAAACUCGGUAUGUGUUGUUCUUCUCUCUACCUCUUCGUGUAUGUUCUUAAUCUUUUUGCUACUCAAUUAUGUACUCUAAUUACUCUCUUCAGUAGAAUUUUGUUGAGAUUUUACAUAUAACAUAAGCAUGAAAUAAACUACAUACUGUUUGGGAUUUUAUGUAUAAUAUAAGUAUGAAACAAACCACGUAUUGCUUAGGAUGUUAAAGUAGAUUAUAAUUUGAACUAGUGUUUCUUCGAUCAGAGUCGAUCAGGGGUGGAGCCAAGAAUUUGUUUCAGGGGGGGUGCCUUAUUAAAGAAGAUUAUAUUUUUUUCAAGCAAAUAGUGAUGCAAGACAAUAAGUCAAAAAAUAGAUCUGUAAUAAUGGUGGAAUAAUAACAUUUAAUAAUUUGAAAAAUAAUUAUUUAAAAAUAAUAAUAACUUAAAAUACACCUUAAGAGUCCUAGCAACAAAUUUAAUUACUAAACUUUGAAGAGAAAAAAAAAAAUAGUUUGAAUAAAGGAAUGUAAUUUUUUUUUUUUUUUUUUAGAGAAUAUAAAGAAGAAGAAGAAAAAGAAGAAGAAGAAGAGGAGUAAGAAUGAAAAGAAAGGAAAAAUUAAAGAUAUUUUUAAAAAAUAAUUAUUUUAGUGGGCAUUUUUGUAAAAUUUUAUAAAUUAUAGGCCUAUUUGCAAUAAAAAUUAAUUGGCCCAAGGGUAAAUAAUUAUUUCAGUGGGGCAUUUUUCAGUUUUUUAUAAAUUAUUGGCCUAUGUGUAAUUAAAAUUAAUGGCCAUUUUUUAGAAAAAAAUUAUUUCAAGGGGGGCAUUUUGAAAACUUUUAUAAAUUAUAGGCUAUUUUGUAAUUAAAACUAAUGGGCCAGCAUGGGCCCAGAGGGGCCCUAUGGGAGUCGAUGAUUAUCAUCCGAUUAUGGUGAUUAUAAUUUGAAUUAGUGUUUAUUCAAUUAGAGUUAAUGAUUAUACUUUGCUUAUUACCGUAUUUUUUUUUCUUUUUUUAUUCAUUAUUCUAACCCUAGCUCCCAAAUAACUCAUUACUCUCAUCUGGCAUCUCAUUAGUUAUUACAGCCGCGCCUCUCUCGCCUCUUCUCUCUUCACCCUCUUCUCUAGACUCUAGUUAUUUUCGCCUCUGUGACGGUCUUCACUCUUCACCUCUGUUUUUGUUCACUCUUCGCCUUCUAAUCUCUCGCCUCUCAAUCCAUUGUUCACCAAAUUCGAAGCAACGGCGACCUCUGCGUAUCGAAGCAACGGCGACCUCUUCGAGUGGAUCUACCUCUUUUCCGUGAUGGAUCUUCUUAUUCUGGAAGACGACGACGCCGACGGCCAUCCCGUGGCUGAACUGUAACUAUGUGGCUUCGGGCUCCACUGUGUACUCCAUCACGGAGGAUUCUCGUAUCUAUUUGGUGAACGCCGCCGAUCUCUCAGGUCAUUGGAGUGCGAUUCAGGCCAGUGCUUGUAAACCUUCAGUUUAUUUUCUUUUGUUAAGACAGGGAAUCCAUUGCCCUAACCCUUCCCAAGAUGUAAAGUUAAAGUUUUUCAUUGGAAAAUAGACCCAUAUGAAACUCUAUCUCGGAUUGACUCGAUUGAGGAGGUGUUUUGCUUUUUCUGAAAUUUUGAUUCUUUGUGUUUUUUUUCAUUUAGGGUUUCCUUGCUGCCAUGGACUCUUCUUUUUCCCUGUAAAAAUCAUUGAUUUUGUAUUUAUAUUUAAAAAAAAAAAAAAUGAACAA